AGGAAUUGGGACUAUAAAAAAAAUGUGUUUGUGGAGGUAUCAUAAGGGGAUUGCUCAAUGACAACACUGUUUAAAUAAUAUCACAAACAAUUGUCGAAUGGCUGCCAAGGUAUCAACUCCAAGACACCAGACGUACGGUUCGAAUUCACGCGUCGGACCUUCUUUGUUAAAUAAACUUGCACCGACAAAGUUCAUUCGAUGUGUUGUUGAAAUGCUCGAUGAUUCUAUCACUGAAGUGGAUAUUGAGAGUCGUUCAAGUGGCGGCGUGCUUUUCAAGAAGAUAAUAAAUGAAUUGAAUCUGGCUGAACCUGAUUACUUCGGUUUACAAGUUUUUCGAAACUUUUCUUCCAAGCCUACGGGAUGGUUAGAACACGACAAGAUUAUUAAGAGACAACUAAGAGGACAAGUGCAACCAUUCAAAUUUCGUUUUGGUGUACGUUUUUUCCCAACUGAACCAUCCAGAGUUGCUGAAGACUUAACAAGGUAUCAUAUGUUUUUGAGCAUAAAGCAAGAUCUCAGAAAUGGAAGGUUGUCCUGUCCAAAAGAUACCGCUGCUGAACUGUCUUCUUUGAUAGUCCAGUCUGAAACUGGGGACUAUCAACCGAAUUACUUGCCUGAUCAAUAUAUCAGCGACUAUCAAUUAAUCCCCAACCAGACCGCCGAGUUUGAAGAUCGAGUGUUCCAUUAUCACAGAGAGAAUGUAGGGCUUAGCCCAGCUCAAGCUGAAUUGAAAUUCUUGGAGAUCGCUAAAAGACUCGAGCUUUAUGGCUCUGAAGUGCAAAGAGCGAAGGAUUCUGAAGGAUAUGAUAUCGAGAUCAUUGUAUGUUCUGAGGGCAUAAAAAUUUUUCGUGAAAAUAAAAGACUUAACGUCUUUGCUUGGUCAAGAAUAGAGAAGGUUUUGUUUCAGCGAAAAAACUUUGAGGUCCAGUUAUUACCAGACAUCGAUAAGGAUCCUGAAUCAAAAACUGUAGUCGGAUUCAUAUUACCGUCGGUUACAAGAUGUAAAGCUCUGUGGAAAAGUACUGUUGCACAUCACACUUUUUAUAGGAAGGAUUAUCGAGACAGAUUGAGGGAACGACCAAAACUCAUUCGUUUUGGAUCUACCUAUAAAUACCGUGGAAGGACUGAAUUUCAAGCAGUUGAAGCAGCUAGAAGGAGCUUCAGGAAAGAGACUGCUUUUCAAAGAACUAGUUCCAGCAGACACUCAGAAAAAUCAAUUGGUAAGCUUACUGGCUCAUCAAUAUCUGGCUCGGGCAAAUUUCGCUGUGAAACCGACUCUGAAGUUACGUCAAUGUCCACUACUCAAGGAAGCUACGAUGUUCUUAAUCCAUCUGACAGCGACUCUAGGUCACCCGCGAGUUUAUCACCUGUUCGUACUGAAAUGAAUGGCAUAUUAAAUGACGAGGGCCUUCUUGACAUAAGUGUUCAACCCAAUAAAAACGGGCAGUUCGGCUUAAAUUUCAAGGGUGGUGCUGAGCAGAAAUUGAAACCAAUAAUAACUCAAAUAGCACCAGACUCACCGGCAAGUAUGUGUGACCCACAACUACAGGAAGGAGACGAAAUUGUGUACAUUAAUGGGAGAAAGGCAGAACAACUUACUCAUGAGCAGAUCUGUUGUCUCAUUAGAUCAAUUGGUCAGUCCGCAACGAACAAAACAUUAACUCUGUCACUUCGACCAUUUGGAAGCAUAGAGAACCAUGAGAUAAAGAACUCUGGAACAAAUGGUUCCUCAAACCAUGGUAUAUCUUCGCAAUUGCUUACUUCAAUGGCACAGAUUAAACAGGGUCUUGAAAACGGCGACUUACUGGAAUUUUACGUUGACAUGCCGAAAAAGAAACUGGAGUUAUCCACCGAGACAGCUCAUCUUCCAGAAAACAAGACAAAAAACAGAUAUCGUGAUAUUUUACCAUAUGAUUUUAACCGAGUUGUGAUUAGUGGAGAAAACGAUUAUAUCAAUGCUAGUCAUAUUCAGAUGGAUAUAGGUUAUUCUGGGAUGACCAACGAAUACUUGGCCGCACAAGGUCCGCUCUCGGACACGUGCGGUGAUUUUUGGCAAAUGAUUUGGGAUCAGGAGGUUACUCUUGUCGUUAUGUUAACAACAACCAUGGAAAAUGGCAAGACAAAAUGCCAUCGAUAUUGGCCUGAAUGUGGCGAGCAUUUCGAAGUCGGUAACUUUGAGGUGUCCCCUGUUUCCUCACGUGAUUAUUCACCAGCGUAUAUUCAUCGCGAGCUUACAGUCACCGAACUUGAGACGGAUGAAGAGAGAACAAUUCAACAUCUGCAAUACAUUGCAUGGCCUGAUCACGGUGUACCAGAAGAUUCACGCGGAUUUCUCACUUUUGUUAACGAAGUUCGUCGCCACCGUUCAGCAUCUGGUGCGCCCAUUGUCAUUCACUGCAGCGCUGGAGUUGGUCGAACUGGUGUAUUUAUGGCUGUAGAAACGGCUUGUUGUUUAAUCGAGGCAGGUGUGGGAGUUUAUCCUCAACAGAUGUUGGACACUUUACGUGAUCAAAGACCGUCACUUAUUCAGACACCCGGUCAAUUCAAGUUUACAUGUGAAACAUUUCUGGACAUUUAUCAAGAUCACUUCCUAAAAACCCAAGCAAUGAAUGGAAGAUAAGUGUCCCAACAAAAAUGUGAAGCAUACAUUUUCUGUCGUAUGUUACAAUAACCGUUGAUGGCACUUCUUAAAACGAGGCUUCAUGAAAGAGGAAGAUCGAUUCGUGAAUGUAGAGUUGUCAAAUGAAAUCUGUCAACCAAAUUAACCAGUAAAAAAAGAUGACCUUGCACAAAGAUUAUUCUAUUCUUGUGCCUGAUGAUUAAAAACAAAGUUUGAUAUAAAAUAAAUAUUUAGUAUAUAAAUU